CACAUUCAAUGGUGUUAUAUCGACUCCAGCAGUAUAUAUACAAUUUGUUGCGAUCUUUGUUAUAAUAUAAUUAUAUAUAUUCAAAAAUAAUGGGAAAACAUAAUAAUAUCGUGGAGAAUUUUAAAAUCAAGCCAUGUGAGGUGAGACUGGAGAGACUUUUUCUCUCGAAAAUAAGAAUUCGAUGUACUGCAACAUCUUCAGAAAAAAAUGACAACUUGGUGUGCCACAUUAAACAAGACGAGAUAAAUACAUUUUCCAUACGAAUCAAAAGAAAAAACGUCGAUCGAAUGGAUAACAAUAAAAUGAAUCCGAGAAAAAGAGUUAAGUUUAUUCAUGAAAACAAUACUUCAAGUGACGAUAUUAUCACCAAUGGUUCAGAACAAAAUCGUAAAAAAAUACGAAGUAGUCAACGGAAAACUGGAUCUAAGUCUACACGGAUGGAUUCAGAUGGAAUGGAUCAUGAUCAAAUAAGCCAGAAUUCGCCAAUUGGCAUCAAAAAUGUCAUUUUCAAAGCACCUAUAAAUGAUGAGCCUAAAUGUCAGCCCAAAAAGAUGCCGAACAAACAACGAGCACUGACUACAGUCAAAAAAAUACCAAAACAUGCUGAGGUUGUUCAAAUUGAUGAAGUCGUUUUGUGUAAGAUGCGAGGUUUUUGUCAUUGGCCAUGCCGUAUAAUUGAGCUCAAUGAAGAACUAGUCAAUGUUAGAUUUUUUGGUGAUAACACUACAUACAAAACCACUAUAAAAAACAUAUUCAAAUUUGAAGACUGUGCUGAUAUUAUACUAUCUAAUCUUAAGGGCCGAAAGAACCAAUUAUAUAGUAAGUCAGUACAAGAGGCAGAACUAGUUUUGGGAGUUCCAUCGAAAAAUUCUAUUAUGAAACAACUAGAACGCAUCAGAUGAAACGAUUAAUUUUUGACCAAUGAUUACAACUAAAGAUUAUUGUCCAUAGAGUUGAAAUUUAUUUA